UGGGAGAUCAGCAUCACCCUGCACCCCGCCACGGCCCAGGACCAGGACUCACAGUAUGUGCGCUUCACUCUGGUGCUCUCGGUGCCUCCCCAGUAUCCCAAUAAAGCUCCGGAGAUCUCCAUCAGGAACCCGCGGGGGCUGUCAGAUGAGCAAAUUCAAAAGAUUUCCCAGACCCUCACAAGCGUUGCUGAAGCCAGGCUGGGGACAGAGGUGCUCUAUGAACUGAUUGAGAAGGGGAAGGAGAUUCUCACUGACAACAACAUUCCUCAUGGCCAGUGUGUGAUCUGCCUCUACGGAUUCCAGGAGAGAGAAGCCUUCACAAAGACCCAGUGCUACCACUACUUCCACUCCCACUGUUUGGCCCGCUAUGCCCAGCACAUGGAGCAGGAGAUCCUCAUGCAGCAGGAGGAAAGAGAGCAGCACCUGGCACCUUCCCCAAAACAGGAAGUCGGUGUGCAGUGCCCUGUCUGCCGGGAGACACUGGUCUAUGAUCUCUGUGCUCUGAAGGCAGCACCGCCCCCGCAGCACCCUCUGGAGCCAUACAGGCCUGACACCAAGAUGCUGCAGCACCAGGAAGAACUGCGCCUAAUUUUCAAGAGACAGCAGGAGAAAGGAGGUAUCAUCGACCCCGAAGCAGAGAGGAACCGGUAUUUCAUCAGCCUCCAGGCGCCUCCAGCUGCUGCGGAUCCAGGGCAAGCAGUCACUGCCUCUGAGCCACUGGUGAGUGUUGGUGCUGUGGAUGGGCCCCAGCCGCCCAGACAAGCCUCGGCCCCAGAGCCAGCUGGGGCGCCAGAGGCCAGGGCAGAACCUGGGCAGCCCGAGAGGCCUGCUGUGCCCAGAGAGCAACCAAGCAAGAGGGAAAGGCACAGAGGGGAGAGGCCAGGCCCCAGAGGCCAGGGCAGGCAACUAUGCAGUGGCUCACAGGAACGGGGAGAGGAAGCCUGUCAUCCACUCCAUGGCUCCAGGGGGCCCAGGGCCUUCAGCCAGAGACCAGAGCGGAGACCUGCUGGGAGGCACAGCCAGGAGUUUCCAAAGCCUCACAGCAGAAGCAAGGCUGCUCCUUUGGCUGAAAGGAAGGAGUUGUGUCCUGAAGACCCUUCACCACUAACAGAGGCAGUGGACUUGAAAGAGGAGCACCAUGAUAUGGAGAGAUGGAGCACAGAGGAGGGGGCUGAGGUCCAGGGCAGGGAAAAGGAGAACCUUACAUUCAACCGCAGUGACCACAGAGCAGCCUCCAACUGGCAGGGCAACCAUAGGCCCUGGGAUUGUGGGAGGUGGGAAAGAUCCAGAGUUCAGGAGCGUGGUUCCUACCCCAGGGCACCAAGAGGGCGAGGGGUGUUCAGGUCCAGUGGACGACGAGAAGCCCAUCUUGAGAAGGAGAGUGGCUCCUAG